ACAAAUCGGCGUCAGAAGUGCAACACAGAAUAAACAUUACACUACUGCGUGUAAGUGGCAUUACAAACUCCAAUUAACAAGGAAUUAUGAAGGAAAAAUAAUGUGAUUAUUAAACAAACAGUGUUAAACUAUGCAGUAUACAUUUAAGUCUUUUAACUGCUUUUCCAGCAACUGAAUUCUUAACUUCACUUCUUCUUGUUUAAGAAGUGUUAGUUUGAUUUGUUCAUUUGUUAGAAUUAUUUGUUGCUGAGCCCGUUCCGUUUCCACCUUCAGUAGUUCAUUGUAGCCAUCCCCCUUCUCAGCUUGCCUUUUGCGCUUACAUGGUGGUGGUGGUGCCGGUGGAUUCCACAUCUCCUCCAAGACAGGGCUCUGGCUUGUGCUGGGCUCUUCAAAUGCCAGCUCCACAGGGGUGAGGGUGACCAAUUCAGCAGACAGGUUCAGAGGCUCCGUGGGGUCGAUUGACUCCCCUGUACCAGCUGGCAGUAUUCCAAACAAGGCUUGGGAACUCUCACCUCCUAUGAUGUCCAAAACCGUAGCGGUGAACUCCCCACGUUUUAUGGACUUGUUCCCUGUUUGGGGGUUUUUCGCCUCAGAAUGGUCCUUCGUAGCCUUUUGCUUUAAGUUUUUCCACCUAAGCCGAACCUGCUCAACACUCCGCCGUUGGCCACUACCAGUGGCAUUAAUUUGCCUUGUUAUGUCGGCCCAUAUUUUAUUUUUUACUUUUGAGGACAGAGAACUCUGUCCAGGACCACUAAAACCUCCAAAAAGGGCCUGGUAAUUGGCACGAACACCCUCCAAAAGGGCCGUUGUCGCUGCUGUUGUGAAAUUACUUCCUUUAUUCUUCUCCAUGUUGUCUGAGAAAGCCCUAUCACUAAGGAAGGCCUUAAAUACCAUAAAGCUAAAUUGAAAGCAGGUGAGAAAGAACAGGUCACAGACUUUAAAACUGGGCUCAUUAGGUCAAUGACCUUUGCUUCUGCAACAUGACAUCCAUAGUACAUGUCCUGCGGCACCGUCAGAGACGAUACAAGCCUCGUCAGUAUGUCCAACGAGGUAAUUUCAUUGAGCAGUACUCAAAUGAUGACCUUUAUGCACGGUUUAGAUUUCAAAGAAGAUAUUUUGUAUAUAUGUGAAAUUCUUCGCCCACAUCUUCAACGUCCUACAAGAAGGAGUCAUGCCUUAACUGUGGAGGAGCAGGUGCUUAUUGCCCUACGUUUCUUUGCCUGUGGAUCCUUCUAUGAAGUCAUUGCAGAUGGCCUGGCUGUGACAAAGUCUACAGUGGGACACGUCAUGCAUUCAGUGGCAGCAGCCCUGGCUGGUCUAAGUCACCAGUAUGUGAGAUUUCCAGAUACUGAGGAAGAAAUAACACAAACCAAGAGAAAAUUAUUCUCAAUUGCCAGGAUGCCUAACACUAUUGGUGCCAUUGACUGCACCCACAUACACAUUCAGGCACCCCAUGAAAGAGAAUGGGAAUUUGUCAACAGAAAGGGACGGCAUAGUAUCAACGUGCAGCUCAUAGGGAAUGCUGACCUUAAAAUAACCAACUGUGUUGUGAGAUGGCCUGGUUCUGUACAUGAUGCACGGAUUCUAAGAGAAAGUCAUCUCUACAGAAGACUGCAACAAACUGCGCCGGAUGGUAUCCUCCUGGGUGACAGUGGCUACCCACUUCUACGGUGGCUUAUGACCCCCUUUGCUACUGUCACAUGUGACCCACAGCAGAGGUAUAACAAUGCACACAGCGCAACAAGGGGAACAAUUGAGCGUAUCAAUGGUGUUUUAAAACGCAGAUUUGCCUGCCUGAACUAUCUUCGUGUGGAGCCGAAGCAGGCCUGCAAUAUAAUAUCUGCCUGCAUUGUUCUUCAUAACAUUGCCCAAUUGAGAAGAGUUCCUCUGAAUGAAGACAUCCUGGACAGACCACCACUUGAGGCAGAAGUACCACAGCUGCAGCCACCACCACCACCACCACCACCACAUCAAGCAGAUGAACCAGCAGGAAGAGCAGUUCGAAAUGGUUAAUUUGUAUUUCUCUUGAUCCUCAUUGAUAAGGUCUGAGGCUUUUGUUUAACAAAACUUUGAUUUGUAUGUUUAAGUUUGAAUAUGAAUGCCUUAUUUAAGUAACAGUUUUUUUUGUUAAGUUACCCACUGAUAAAGGCCUCCACUGAAACUCUGUCAAAUGUUUUUAUUCACAUGCAUUCAGCACACACACUUAAUUUUCAUAGCCAAAGCUCAAAAAGUAAUGCCAUUUGGAGCAAGUCUGUGCAAGUCUCUUCCCACAGACAUCUGUAAAGAAAAUCUAAUAUUAAGGUUUUAGGGCUGUCCCCUUUGUUAACAACUGUUUCCUAAAAAGAUAUGUACAACACAUUUUAAAAUCUACACACAAUGCCUUGCGAGUGAAUGCAUUCAAAUGGACUGUGGACAGCGACAUACAGACGCUAGCCUAUUUACUAGCUUGUUAGCUCCUUAACACAGGAGUCAAUGGAGCAGCGUUAGCUCGCAUUAGCGCGAACUCUGCUUAAUUAGAGAUCGCCGAGCUCUUCUUUCAAUUUUGUGCUGAUUUACAUAAUUGGUUAACUCAAUAUAAUGAUUGCCUUUCAUCUAGUCUGAGGACGCAUCAACACUGGCUAAGAUUAUACUUUAAUUCAGAGACAAUAGUUGAGCUAGCUUCUCCUUUUUCUGUAAAAUGUUGGCUCCAUUUCCUGUGAUCCAGGGGGCGGGACGGAUUUGGACAUCCCAAUCUGCCGGUAUCAGGAUCACUCUGAUCCAAUCCAGCAAAGUUUUGAAAUACCGGGAUAGAUCAGGUUGAUCCGUGGCUGAGGACAGGGGGAUUUGGUUAUCCGGAUCAUUCUGAUCUGGAUUACAAGUUUUGAAAUACCGGCCCC